AUGAGGAUGCCAUCAUCCGCCAAUGGCAUCCUCGAUGACGACGAGAGCUUGACUAACAGCAAACCACGAACUGGACCUAUGCUCUCAUCCGCCCAGCGGCAGCCGACUAUAUCACCACCCGACAGCCACGGUCUGCGGCCCGAUAUCAAAGAUGCCGCUUGUGUCGAAGGCGAUUCUUCCUUAGCUGCUCAUUCCGAAUUCGCCAGCGAAUUCCUCCAAAACUUCAUGAGAACCGAGUCACUACAAGAUUCGAGCCUUGAUGUUAGCGAAACCUUGAAGGCCCUUUCUCAGAUUGUCCAGGCCUUGAAACAGCAAUCCCUUACUGGAUCAGCGGCUUAUCCCCACGCAAGACUGAUCAACAAGCCUCAAUUGCAAACGCUCAAGCUGCCGCCAAUCGACAAAGCUGUGCAUGUCAUUCGCACCGCUGAAGACUUGUGCCUUGAAGUUUAUUAUUCCGAGAGCUAUUCGGAGUACGAUUUCAUCGCGGUUAACGGUGGCCUUUAUUCUCUCUUCGUAGACUGUGCAGCACAAGUCUCAGCGGACGAGCGAGAGGAGUACCAUGAAUACGCAAGGUAA